AUGUCACGGUCUGCUCCCCGCUCCAAAAAUGGAUGUCUCGCCUGUCGUCGCCGCAAGAAGAAAUGCGAUGAGCGGCAUCCCACCUGUACAGGCUGUCAACGAAAUCAUCUCGCCUGCCAAUGGCCGACGAUGGAAGUGGUCGUGCGCACGCGACGUCCGCGCCGACGCCAAGUUCUCUCGGACAUGACAGUGCCGCCUGAGUUGGCCGCUAUGGUGACCGUCUUCGCAGUUCCCAGCCUAGGCCUGGUUCGGCGGCUUCUAGACCACUUCGCGAAACAUGGCCCUAUGUGGUUGACUUCAAGGAUGGGUAACCGAAAGACCGCGAUCCUCUCUCAGAUUUUUCCGGAAGCCAUGGAAAGUCCCCUUAUCCUCCAUUGUGUGCUCAUGAUAGCAGCGAAAGAUCUACUGAAGUAUGAUUCGAGCGUGGAAUUGCAAGCCUCAGCCGUUGAAUACUACGGUCGAGCUAUUUCCGGCUUGCGUGAGGCUCUUAGUGGUGAGCAAUCAGCCACUUCUGACCAUAACCUGUUGGCAGUUGCUUUAUUUUGCCUUCACGAGGCAAGUAUUCAUAUUGCCACACCUGAACGCUGCGGCUACUCUACUCAGACCCCGGCUCCACAUGGUGCCCCCCAACUCAUCUCUGCGAAAGUUCCUCGUGGAGAUGUUUUGUUACUUCUUUUCCAUCACGCAUUCACUCACGGGGCCCAGCUAGUACUGAGUGAAGCCAGGCAGAUAUUUGAAUUUCCGGGUCUUCUCCAGCACCUAGAAAGUGGAUCAAUUAUGGGUACCUCGCAGAAAGUAUUUUUUAUUGUGUUCCGCGUCGCCCUCCAUCUAUCGCAGUUCGAGUCAAGUAUGCUCACUGAUAAGAGGAUAUAUGCCGACUUAGUGAACGCUAAGCAAGACUUACGGAAUAUUCGAGCGUCAUUCCAUGUACAGCCCGACAUGAGUGCGGAAAUGAUCAACGAUGGUGUGACAUUCGAGCUAUAUCGCCUUGCUUGUCUGAUAUACCUGCAAAGCCUUAUCGAUGGGUCCAUCUCUAUCUCGGCCGCUUCUAUUCAGGAAAGGGUGUCCUCCUUUGUCACUCACUUAGCAAUGUUACCACCCGAGUCGCCCUCAGACGGCUUUCUUUGCUGGCCAAUGGUGAUUGUGGGGCGUUGUGCUAUCCAGCAAACCCAUCGAUCUGCUAUUAGCACAAAGCUGAAAACGAUUUUCGAUAAAUUUCGCUCAGAAAUAUUUUCCGGGAACCUUGCUAUGCUGAAGCAACACUGGCGAUACCUGGAGAGGGUAGAUCAGCAUUCAAUGCCGAAUUUUAGUCUGGCGCAUGGCAUGCGCAACUUCAACGAUGCAGUUCUCAUGAACAUGAGGAGCGGAUCCUAUUGCUUAAACCUAGAACGCCCCGACAACCUCGGUGCCUUCGUCAAUGCCGCCACAAAGGAAAGUAUUCGCUAUGACGCCCUCAAAGAAUACACGACGUAUGUCUCCACCGCUCUGGUGCGUGACUACGGCCUCCAGCCAGGGGAUACCGUUGCCCUCUUCAGUCCGAAUACGAUUUGGUAUCCAGUUGCGAUGCUAGCCACUGUCCGUGCCGGAGGCAUAAUAUCUGGCGCUUCGCCAGCAUACAAUAUCGAGGAAAUGACUUAUGCCCUGAAAACCGGCAAUGCAAAAUUCCUCAUGACCGUCCCUUCUGGCAUGGACGUUGCAAUCCCCGCUGCUCGGGAAGCCGGGAUUCCUCCCGAGCGGAUCUUUCUCCUUGAAGGUCAGAGGGGCGACUAUCUAUCCGUUCAAGACCUUGUCAGGAAGGGGAGAGGCUAUGGACCCACUGGGCAGAUAACCCCUUUUGAGCUUCCGAAGAACAAGACGAAUCGAGAUGUGUGUGGCUUUCUGAGUUUUAGCUCAGGGACCACGGGGCUUCCGAAAGCUGUGAUGAUUGCCCAUCACAACGUCAUCGCACAAUGCAUGCAAGUCGACCAACUUCUGCGAAAGGAUGUGAAGAAAUCACUCGCUGUAUUGCCUUUAUUCCAUAUCACCGGCCUCGUUCACCAAAUGCAUCUCCCUGUAAUCCGGAAUAGCACUGUCUACAUGCUCCCCUCCUUCACCAUGGAGUCCAUGCUGGCCACCAUUGUAGAAUACCAGAUUACCGAAAUCCUCUCCGUGCCCCCCAUCAUCAUCCGUCUUCUGACCGACCCAAUCGUCUCCAACUACGACCUUUCGCACGUCAAGACCUUUUCGUCCGGUGCGGCCCCUAUUUCAGGUGAAAUCCUCCAGAAACUGAAGGCCCGUUUCCCCUGGACGGGGUUCAAGCAGGGGUAUGGGAUGACGGAGUCUUGCAGCUGCAUCACAGCUCAUCCGCCUGAGAAACAGACGUACGAGUAUGCGCAACGGGCGGGGAUAAUUGUUGCCAACACUGAGGUCAAGAUUCUGGACCCUCAAACAGGGAAGGAGAUGGGGCCUGGUGAAGAGGGUGAGAUCCUGGCCCGGGGGCCCCAGGUGGUCAUGGGGUAUUUGGGGAAUGAGAAGGCAACGCGGGAAACGUUUGAUGCAGACGGGUGGUUGCAUACUGGGGAUGUGGGCUUUAUGGAUCCGGAGGGCUUCCUUGUCAUUACCGAUCGGAUCAAGGAGAUGAUUAAAGUGAAGGGGAUCGGGGUUUCGCCGGCUGAGUUGGAGGACUUGUUGCUUGGACACCCUGUGGUGGACGAUGCGGCAGUCACGUCGGUGGCAGAUGAUUAUUCGGGUGAGAAGCCGAAGGCGUACGUUGUGGUUAAGGCUGCGGCAAAGUCUAGGCUGGCGACGGAAGAUGGCGUGAGAGCUGUGGGGAAGGAGUUGAUUGAGUAUGUCAGGGCGAAGAAAGUGCGCCAUAAAUGGAUUGUCGAGGUGGAGUUUAUGGAUGAGAUUCCGAAGAGUGCGAGUGGGAAGAUCCUACGGCGAGUGCUGAGAGACCGGGAGAGAAAGAGGGAGAGUGGGGAGAAGAGGCUGGUUGUUCGGGAUCAGAAGGUGGUCGCGAAGUUAUAA